UCUACAGCAAACUUCUCCUCGCAGACCGUGUGUGUGUACCGGACCAAACGACAGACAGACAUGGCAGAAGUCGCACCAGCACCCGCAGCCGCCGCGCCGGCCAAGGCACCCAAGAAGAAGGCAGCAGCCAAGCCCAAGAAAGCGGGACCCAGCGUAGGAGAGCUCAUCGUCAAGGCUGUGACCGCUUCCAAGGAGAGGAGCGGCGUGUCCCUGGCCGCGCUCAAGAAGACGCUGGCGGCAGGCGGCUACGACGUGGAGAAGAACAACUCCCGCGUCAAGAUCGCAGUCAAGAGCCUCGUCACCAAGGGCACCCUGGUCCAGACCAAGGGCACCGGUGCAUCCGGCUCCUUCAAGCUCAACAAGAAAGCUGUCGAGGCGAAGAGGCCCGCCAAGAAAGCCGCAGUCCCCAAAGUAAAGAAGGUUGCCGCCAAGAAGCCCGCCGCGGCGAAGAAGCCCAAGAAGGUAGCAGCCAAGAAGGCCGUCGCCGCAAAGAAGUCCCCCAAGAAGGCCAAGAAGCCCGCUACACCCAAAAAGGCCGCCAAGAGCCCCAAGAAGGUGAAGAACGCCCGCCGCAGCGCCAAGAAGGCGGCAAAGAGCCCCAAGAAGGCUACAAAGGCAGCCAAGCCCAAAGCCGCAAGCCCAAGGCAGCCAAGGCCAAGAAGGCAGCCCCCAAGAAGAAUGGAUAGGAGGAAGGGCGGCCAUAACUCUCGCUACAGCCUGGCGUUAGAUGGCGGCCUCCAGCAGCAGGGAGCGGGCCUCGCCCCCCUGCAGCGCCAGAGGUGCCGGCGAGAGAGGUCAUUAAAGCGUCAUCCUGGCAUCACCCGAGGGCGGCCAGAAGAGACGCCGUUUAGACAGGCGCGAGGGAGAGAACGGAAGACGGCACAGCGCCUGCUGUGA